UAAGCUCCUCGUGGAUUUCCAGAGAGCACAAGAGUUCGCGUUGUGAAACAGACGAGAUCUGUUUGUUGGUUGUUGUCUUCCGAGCGUGUGCGAUUAUGUGUGUGCACUUAUCUUGGUUUUGAACUUCCCUUUCUGUGUUUUUUUUUCUGCGACAUGGAGGUGACGUUUGGAUUAGCCCUCCUGGCGCUCCUCCCCGCCGCCCUCUCCGCCACCAACAUCACCGCCUACACGCGCGCCCUCCCUUCCGAACUCAAACCAACGGUGAGGGCGGCCCUGGGGGCGGAGCUGAACGCGCCCCGUCCUUGCCAAUCGCACGAUGCCGUCCCGUGUCCGCCCAAUAAAUACCGGCGGCCGUCGGGCGAAUGUAACAAUGUACGACACGCCCAUUGGGGCACGCGGGGUGUGCCGUUUUUGCGACUCCUCCCACCGGACUACGCCGAUGGGCGGAGCCAGCCGCGCCAAUCGGUCACGACGCACGCGCUGCCGAGCCCAUUGGACGUCGCUGUGACCUUGCAAACGGUGUCGGCCACGCCCCAUGAGUCAGUCACCGCCCUUUUGGGGGCGUGGAGCGAAUUAUUACUACAUGAUUUGGCAAGCACUGGCAAUUUAAAGAGCCAGGAUUGUUGCAGCGAUGGGCGGAAGCAUGGCGAGUGCUAUGGGAGGGUGGGGCAUGGACAGUGUCGGGAAUAUAUGCGGACGCUACCCGCCAUUGACAUGGACGACUGCGAUUUUGAGUACCGAAAUCAAAUGAAUUUGGCUUCGUCCUUUUUGGACGCGUCGGCAAUUUACGGAAAUACCGACCAACAAGUCGAAAAAUUACGAACGUACGACGCGGGUCUCGUCAAUGUCUCGGCGUGCACCUCGUGUCGCUCCAACGCACUCUAUUCGGCCAUUUUGAAGGAGCACAAUCGAGUUGCCAUUAACUUAGCCCAGUUGAAUCGCCACUGGACUGACGAAACUUUGUUCCUAGAGAGUAAACGAAUCGUGACGGCCAUGCUACAGCACAUCACCUACAACGAGUUUCUCCCCAUUGUAUUGGGCAAUGAAGCCAUCGUACAGUCCGACCUCCAAUUGCAAAGUCAUGGGCGGUUCUCUAAAUACUCGAGCUCGCACAGGGCUGGUGUCUACAAUGAGGUGGCCAUGAGCGCUCUCCCCGCCCUCCUGUCAAUGAUCCCCACCACUUUGAUGAACGAAACAGUUGAAAGUUUCGCCGAAAUGGUGGACGUCUUGAUCAGAACCCCGGCCCAAAGCCCCAGUAUGCACAUGAUGGUACCACUACGUGCGGAUUGGGACACGGCGGCCCUUUUCGUCCAUAUGGGUCGCGACCAUGGGAUUCCCCCCUACGCCCAUUAUCUCUCCAAGUGCCAAAACCUCACAAUUGAGAACUUCGACGACUUUACCAAGGCUGGAAUCAGCCCCGAACUGCUCAAAGCCUUGAAGUACCUCUACCAAGUACCAGAAGACGUAGACCUUUUGGUCGGUUCCUUGCUGGAACGCCCAAUUCCGGGGGCAAUCGUUGGCGGAACCCUCGAAUGUCUCCUCCGUGAGCAGUUUAUUCUUCUGAAGCAAAGCGACCGCUUCUGGUACGAAAAUGACCUACCUCCAAGUUCGCUAACAACGGAACAACUUGCCGAAAUCAAGAAGGUCACCCUUGCUGGGUUAUUGUGCGCAAACACCGACGAUUUGGACAAGAUCCAACCUAAAGCCUUCGUCCAGGAGGAUCCGUACUUGAACGCCCGCUUGUCCUGCGACCAACACCCCCUCCCCCAGCUCACCCCCUGGCUGGAGAUGGACCACAUGGCCGACCUCUCCGAAGACCUGCUCAUGGAAGCCCUCGUCAAAGCCGAGCAAGAGGUCCUAGAGCGUCGCAAAACCGAAUACGAACUGUGGGCCACCGUUGGCGGAAUCGACCCCAAGUCACCUGCAGGGACCGCCGCCUCCUUCAGCAAGGCCAACAAACAGGCCCUCAAACUCGCAAACACGUCUCUAUUAUUUGAAUUCGCCUCAAACGAAAUCAUCAAUUCUUUAAUGCACCGGAGGCGCAAACGCCAAAUUUUCGACAAUAACGUUAUUUCAUCCGUCUUUAGAGACGAACUAUCGGAUGGAUUACAAAACGUUGAUAUUUCGUCUCUAAUCCCGGCCAACGCUAUUGACUUGGACACACAUUGUGAGGAGACCGGUCCUUGCGACCCGAACACGCCCUAUAGGACGAUGACUGGUCAUUGUAACAAUUUGCGGAACCCUAAUUGGGGCAAAAGUCUGACUACGUUCAGUAGGCUCCUCCCUAGCGCCUACGACGACGGAAUAUCUAAGCCCCGCCUCUUGGGCGCGACCGGCGUGCCUUUGCCCUCCCCCCGCAUCGUCUCCACCCUCAUCCACCCCGACAUCAGCAACCUCCACUCCCGUUACACCCUCAUGAUCAUGCAAUAUGGCCAAUUCCUGGACCAUGACUUGACCAUGACGCCCAUCCAUAAGGGUUUCCACGAGUCUAUCCCGGAUUGCCGGUCAUGUGACAGUCCUCGGACCGUCCACCCGGAAUGCAACCCUUUCCCCAUCCCGCCCUCUGAUCACUACUACCCGGAAAUUAACAUAACGUCCGGUCAAAGAAUGUGUUUCCCGUUUAUGAGGUCUCUCCCUGGACAACUCCACCUAGGGCCACGGGAACAAGUCAAUCAAAACACAGCCUUCUUAGACGCGUCCCAAAUCUACGGGGAAAACCCGUGCGUUUUGAAAGAAUUGAAAGGUUACGGUGGGCGUAUGAACUGCACGCAACGCCCCCUCAAACUCAAGGACCUCCUCCCGCAAAGUGACCACCACCCAGAAUGCAAGGCUGGCAGUGGGUUGUGUUUCAUCGCAGGCGAUGGGCGGGCCUCAGAACAGCCCGGUUUAACCGUAAUUCACACCAUUUUCAUGCGGGAACACAACCGGAUGGUGGAAGGGUUAAAACAAGUGAACCCUCAUUGGGACGACCAGAAGUUAUUCGAACACGCGCGCCGUAUUAACAUAGCCGCCAACCAACAUAUAACUUACAACGAAUGGUUACCUCGCAUUUUGAGCUGGAAUGCCGUUAACUUGUACGGCUUGAAGCUCCUCCCCCAAGGUUACUACAAGGAUUACAACCCGUCGUGCAACCCCGCCAUUUUGACCGAAUUCGCAGCGGCGGCGUUCCGCAUUGGUCACUCGUUACUCCGCCCCCAUAUCCCCCGUCUAAGCCCCUCCUACCAGAUCAUCGACCCGCCCAUUCUCCUCCGUGACGGUUUCUUCAAACCCGAUAUGCUCCUCCAAACCGGAAUGGUGGACGAAAUCGCCCGAGGCCUCGUCUCCACACCAAUGGAAACACUCGACCAAUUCAUAACCGGGGAAGUGACCAAUCACCUGUUCGAAGACCGAAAAAUCCCCUUCUCGGGGGUGGACCUAAUCGCCCUCAACAUCCAACGCGCGCGCGACCACGGAAUCCCCUCCUACAACAACUACCGCGCCCUAUGCAACCUCAAACGCGCCUCAAACUUUGAGGACCUGGCCCGGGAAAUCCCCCCCGAAGUGAUCGCUCGCUUCAAGCGAAUUUACCCGACCGUCGACGACAUCGACCUGUUCCCCGGCGGUUUAAGCGAACGCCCGCUUCAAGGAGGCCUCGUCGGCCCCACCUUCGCCUGCAUCAUAGCAAUCCAGUUCCGCCAACUGCGAAAAUGCGACCGCUUCUGGUACGAAAACCACGACCCGACUGUUCGUUUCUCCGAAGCACAACUCGCGGAAAUCCGUAAAGUCACCCUCGCGAAAAUCAUCUGUGAUAAUCUAGACGUCCAUGGCGACAUGCAGCGCGCCGCCUUUGACCUCCCCAGCAAUUUCCUCAAUCCGCGAGUGCCGUGCGACUCCCUCCCGAAGCUCGAUUUCGGGGCGUGGCGCGAGUCGGUGGGGUCGGGGUGUGUCAUUGGCGACAGGAUGGUAGAAGUGGGCCAAUCGGCGUUCCCCACGCCGUGCACGAGCUGUAUUUGCACGCAGGAGGGCGGGCAAUGUGCGUCGUUGCGGGUCACCGAUUGCUCGCAGCUUUUGAGGGAGUGGCCAAAGGAGGUGGUGCUAAGGGAUGAUGUGUGUUCGGCCCAAUGCGGGUUCUUGUUGCGGAAUGAGGGCCCGCAGCCGGGGCUGAACACCGAUUUGACGCCGCCCCCGAGGCAUCUGAGGGCGCGGCAGUUGGGACGACCGCCCAGGAUCCCGAGUAGGGGGUUUAAUGGGUUCGGGGAGUUUAAACUGCCCGAUUUGUCGGUGUUUGUGGCCAAGUGAGCGAAAGUGGACGUUAUUUGUGGAUUUUUUUCGAUGAACGAGGGACUAAAAGGGGUGGUAAAGCCUCGGGGAGGUUAUUUAUAAAAAUUUGAUUGUGAUUCGAGAAGAGAGAGAAUGUUACCAACUUUAGGGUUAAUCUAAUUUGUGUCUUCUUUUUGUACUUUAUUUUAUUGUUUUUAUACAGUGUACACUGCCUUCUGUAUUAUUAUUCUGUUGUUAAUACUUGUACUCCUCUGACUAUGCAUUAUUAAACUACCAUUAUUUUUUUA